AUGGUGCAAAUACUUUCCGGCUCUAAAUGGUUCGAAAGACUACCUGCGGGCUCAAUUGCCUCCUUCAAUGAGCUAGAAAUACUAUUCUCCACAAGGUUCAUGGAAUACAAAGAAGAAAGAAAGACAAGUAUGCAUCUAGGCCGCAUUCAGCUAGGUAAAGACGAGUCUUUGAGGAGCUAUGUCAAGCCCUUCAAUCUGGAGGCACGUCAGAUCCCGGAUUUUCCAGAUGGGGUCUCUUUCGAUUACUUCAUCAAGUGCUUGAAAACGGGGUCGUUCAAGUUUAAUUUAUUCAAGAAAAGUGUGCGCACAAUGGCCAAAGUCCUUGACGAAGCCGAGGCAUUCAUACACGCCACUGAAAUAUGCAGUGUAUCCAAAGACGGCAAGACUGGAGAGGCAGCAGAAUCCUUUGGGAAGAAGGAGAAGAUUGAUCGAAAGGCUACACAGGCCAAUGGCACUUGGGAAAUAUCUAAAGAACAAGACCCUGCCUCUACAGGGCUAAAAAGGGGACGUCGACAAGAGAAAUAA